GGGAGUGAGCGAGCCCGCGCUGGGAAGUUUGCGAAGCUGUCAGUGAGCGAGGAGAGGCGUGAUCAGCGGGGAGCAAGCAGCAGCCCUGCCCGCCCGCCUCCGACCAGCCGAGGCCAGCGGGGUGUGUGCAGGAGACGGAGGCACGUCGAGGCGGCCCCGGGAGCCGGUCUUCUCCACGCUGUGCCGCCGCCGCCGCCGCCAGCCUUCCUUCCUUCGUGCAGAGGGCCAGGGCUCCCGCCAUGCACAGCUGACCGGGGCCCCCGAGGAGAGGACCCGGAGGGGCUCCUAGGAUGGCCCGCCCUGCGGCCCUGGUGGCCGGCCCCAGGUGGUGGCUCUGGCUCUGGCUCUGGUGCGACGCGCUGGCUGGGCUGGCCUGGGCCAUGAACUACCCUCCCCGGUACAGCCUCUACACAGGAUCCCUCCUGCCCUUUGGCCAACUCCAGGGCGCCUCGCAGGCACCCCACGGCGCGCGGGUGGCAAGCCGCCACAGGAACUGGUGCGCCUACGUCGUGUCACGCAGUGUGAGCUGUGUGGUGGAGGACGGGGUGGACACGUACGUGAAGCCAGAUUACCAACCGUGCGUCUGGGGGCAGCUGCAGUGCCCCCGUGUUGUCACGUACCGGAGCUUCGUGCGCCCCCGCUACAAAGUGGCCUACAAGACGGUGUCCGACAUGGAGUGGCGCUGCUGUCCCGGCUAUUCGGGCGACGACUGUGCGGAAGCGGGGGUGUCGCUGACCACCCCCCGGCCCCCCCGGCCGCAGCCCGCCCGGCCCAACCUCUCCGGCUUCAGCAACCCGCUCAGCGGCCUUGGCGGAGAAGGGCCCAGGGACUCGGAGAAAGUGCGCCAGCUGGAGGAGAAGGUGCAGAGCCUGGGGAAGCAGCUGCAGGACCUGCAGUCCACCCUGCAAGCCAGCAACACCAAGCUGGUGGAGGACGUGCGCCGGGCGGUGGAGGCCUCCCUGAACGGCAAGCAGCCGGCCGACGCCGCGGCCCACCCAGAGAUGAAGGAAACCCUCAACGAGAUCCAGCUCCACCUGCAGCGCCUCGACAACCGCAUCUCCAGCCACGAGAACGGCCACGGCCCAGGGACCCACGGGUCGGAGGACCGGGGCGAAGGCCUGCGGGAGCUCGAGCAGCGCCUGCAGGCGUCCUGCGCCUCCUGCCUGAGCGGGGUGGAGGCCCUGCGGAGGCAGCAGGGAGAGGACCGGGAGCGCCUGCAGGCCCUGGAGAAGAGGGUCUCCUCCAUGGACCAGCAGCACCGGGAAGCCAUGGACACGAUCCGGCAGCACGUGAGCCACCUGGCCAGGCCCCAGCCGUCCAAAGACUGCUGCCCCCUGCUGGAAGGUCGGGUGACUGGGCUGGAAGGGCGCAUGGAUGCGCUCUCAGACGCCUUGGUGGCUCUGAACGAGCCCUUGGCCCCGCGGCUGCCGGCCACGCCUCCCUGGAGCGUGGACCGGCGCAUGUCGGAGAUGGAGAGCCGGGUCAACACCACUCAGCGUGGCCUGGAAGAGCACUUCGUGGACCUGCAGGUGAUGCUUGACGGGGUGGACGAGCGCCUCCGGCGGGCUGAGGGGCAACUGGAUUCCGUCUUGUCCCGCCUGAAUGAGUUCCAGAGCCACGUCCACCGGGCUGUGGCCAACCUGUCCCGGGAUGUGGGGGGCCUGAAGGACAGCAGCCUGCAGCAGCAGGGGGCCCUGGAGCGCAUGCGGGGGGCGGUGCACACCUGCACCCAAGUCUGCACCCCACCAGGCAACCAGGACUCCCAGAUCAGCACCAUCCUGAGUGACCUCGAGCGGCGCGUCCUGGACAACGAGGGGCAGCUGCGGCUGCUCGGCUCCAACCUUCACCAGCUGGACGUCUCCAGCAAGCUGCGCAGCCUGCAUGGCCUGGUGGGGGCCAACCGGGAAGCCCUGGGGAAGCUAUCCGGAGAAGUGGGCGAGCUGGAGAGCCGGCUCAUGGUCUCCAUGAGCGCUGGGCCCCCGGAGCUGGCCAGGUAUUCGAACCACACCAACCGGCGCUUGGAGAAGCUGGAGCGGGAGGUGCAAGGGCUGGCGGCCCACCCUUGCCAGCCGGCCUGUUCGGAUCUCCGGAGCGAAGUGGGGCAGCUGCGGGCACAGGUGGAGAACUGCCAGGCUCUCUGCCAGCCCGUCGGGAGGAGGCCAGACGACCUGGGCCUCCAGCCGGGCCUCGAUGCCUCCAAGCCCCUGGAUGGCUUCAGCGUGAUCGGCGGCAGCUCCAGCCUCCACCUCCAGACGUUGCAGGGGGAGCUGUCAGAGGUGAUCCUGGGCUUCAGCUCGCUCAACGAGACCCUGGCUGGGCUGCAGGCCACGGUGGAGAAGCACCAGACGGACCUCCACGAGCUAGGGACCACCAAGGACCGCAUCAUUGCCGAGAUCAACCGGGUGCAGCAGGAGGUGACCGACCACGUGGGCGAGAGCGAGGAGCGCUUCCAGGUCCUGGGCCGCGAGAUCCACCACUUUGGCGGCACCCUCCGGGUAGAGGCCUCGGAUUGCCGGCGGGCCUCUGGGGGGCUGGCGGAGCGGCUGGCCAAGCUGGAGGGCACCUGCGAGCGGCUGGACCAGGUGUCCGGCAGCCUGCGCAAGAUCAAGGAGGGGCUGGACAAGCACGUCUCCGCCCUCUGGGGCUGCGUCCGUGAAGUGAACGGGACCCUGCGCACUCAUGAGGCCCUGCUGGAGAAGAUCCAUGGCAACCAGUUGGUCACGAUCCACCGCCGCCUCAGCGCCCUCAACGGGUCCCUCCAGACGCUGCAAGGCAACCUGCGGGACUUCACCCUGCAGGAUUUCACAGGACCUCAGGGGCCCCCAGGACCGGUGGGCCCUAUGGGGAGACAGGGCCCCCCAGGCCCGAUGGGAUCUCCUGGCAAGGACGGAAGGACCGGUGCUGCGGGACCGCCAGGUCUCCCUGGAGAACAAGGGCUGCCGGGUCCAGCUGGAACCGCCCCCAAAGUCUCCUUCACGGCCUCACUGACCUCCUGGCAGGGGGAGACGGGGACCAUCGCUUUCGACAGGGUGCUAGUGAACGACGGCGACGCCUACGACCCGGACUCAGGUAUAUUCACCGCUCCCAUUUCUGGCCGCUACCUGGUCAGCGCCAUCCUGACCGGGCACCGGGGGGAGAAGAUUGAGGCGGUGCUGUCCCUCUCCAACCUGGCCAUCGCCCGCAGCGACUCUGCCGGCUACCAGCCCGAAGGUCUGGAGAACAAGCCGGUGGCCGAGAGCCAGCCCAGUGCUGGGGCCUUGGCCGUCUUCACACUGGUCGUCCCCAUGGAGGCCGGGGAGCCCCUCUGUGUGGACCUGGUCUCUGGCCAGCUGGCCCAUGCGCCGGACGAGCCCCUGACGGUCUUCAGCGCCGCCCUGCUGUACGAGGACGAGGAGCUGGGUCUCUAGACCGCUCCAAGAAGGGCAGGAAGGAGCAGCCCCCCCUCGGCCCCCCCCCCUAACCUGUCAAGGGAGUGAGGAUCCCCCCCCCCGCCUCCCUCCCUUUCCAUCCUGGUGGGGCCCUAAGGUUUAGGUCAGGAGCUCUGCUCCUUGGGACCCUGCCGGGAGUGGGUGGGUAGGUGGGGGUUUUUCCAGUGCCCGCAGAUCCUGCAAUCCUUGAUGGCAAAGCGGCUCCCCUCGGCGUCAGCCACAGGGCGUGGGGCACGCAAGGACUCUGCCCAGCUCUGCACAUCGCAGCCAGCUAAGGAAGCCCCACAUCCUCUGCCCCAUCUACCCAAUGGGUCUGGCCUGCACCCAGGGCUACUGCCGACUCAAACAGGCCAAGAGAGUCUAUUAAAGGGCGGCGGGGGGGGGGUUGCAGAGAGAGAGAGGAGUCCCUUUUUGUUAUUUAUCUGUGUCUGUCAUAACCCAGAGAAACUACCGCCUGCCUGACCGCCCACCCGCCCUCCGGCCAGCCCAGCCACCUUGCAGUCCCAGCAGCCAACUGCCUGCCUUGCUCACGCUUUCUCACAGCCAGGAGAGCCUCCCCCUUCCGCCAGAGUCUACCACACAGCCGCCCAAAAGCCAAGCUGUCUCUCACACUGUGACGAGCAAGCAAGUGCCAGUCCCUGGACUGCCCCCCCUCCCCUGCAAAGGAAGGGCCCGCGGUGAGGGGAGAUCCCCGAGAAGGGUGGGGGUGGGGGUG